ACUUGUCGGUGUGUAUCUGCAAAUCUCACCUGUGUACCUUCCGUCUGGGCAUUUCCAAGUCUUAGAGAAGCGGCAUCCUAAAAGGCGCCUCUUCUUCCUCGGGAAACCUAGAGAAAAUCUCUUCGAUCAGUCUUGCAUCCGAUAUGGAUCUUGAGGCAGAGAUCCGUGCACUACAGCUCGAUCAAGCAGAGGAUAACAAUGGAGCUAUGAAUCCAGAAAAUACACAGGCAAAUGAAGUUGAGAACUUGGGUGGAGCAGAAGAAGAUUUGCAAGAAGCGGUGCAAGAAGAUCCGGCUCCAGUUCCUGAUAGCCUGGAAGAUGCCAGAGAUCUGGGUCAUGACAGCUCGCAGGUGGUUCAUGCUCUGUCAAAAGCUAAGGAGAAGGCUGCCCAAGAGGAAGCUGAGAUUGAGGCAGAAGCAAAUAAAAAGAGACAUUUGAAUGUUGUGUUCAUUGGACAUGUUGAUGCAGGCAAAUCUACGAUUGGAGGUCAGAUACUCUUCCUCAGCGGUCAGGUUGAUGAUCGGACUAUUCAAAAGUAUGAGAGGGAGGCAAAAGAAAAGAGUAGAGAAAGCUGGUAUAUGGCAUAUAUUAUGGAUACCAAUGAAGAAGAGAGGGUCAAGGGGAAAACAGUCGAAGUUGGAAGGGCUCACUUUGAAACUGAGAGUACUAGAUUUACCAUUUUGGAUGCACCGGGUCACAAGAGUUAUGUCCCAAAUAUGAUUAGUGGAGCAUCACAGGCCGACAUUGGUGUGCUGGUCAUUUCGGCACGAAAAGGUGAAUUUGAAACAGGUUAUGAGAGAGGUGGACAGACACGCGAACAUGUCCAACUUGCAAAAACGUUGGGUGUGUCUAAGCUCGUUGUUGUUGUGAACAAGAUGGAUGAGCCAACUGUUAACUGGUCGAAAGAGAGGUAUGAUGAAAUUGAACAAAAGAUGAGCCCAUUUCUCAAAUCCUCAGGCUACAACACAAAGAAAGAUGUGAUCUUCUUGCCUAUAUCUGGUUUAAUGGGCAUAAACAUGAAAACAAAGAUGGAGAAAGGUGUUUGUCCUUGGUGGAGUGGCCCCUGCUUGUUUGAAGUCCUUGAUUCUAUUGAGAUUCCUCCAAGAGAUCCUAACGGUCCAUUCAGGAUGCCGAUAAUUGAUAAAUUCAAAGACAUGGGAACUGUCGUCAUGGGAAAAGUAGAAUCUGGUAGCAUUCGUGAGGGUGAUUCCUUGAUUGUCAUGCCAAACAAGGAACAAGUGAAAGUUCUUGCUAUCUUCUGUGAUGAGGACAAAGUUAGACGUGCAGGACCUGGUGAGAAUUUGAGGGUCCGUCUCUCUGGCGUUGAAGAAGAGGAUAUCGUUUCUGGUUUUGUUUUGUCCGGCAUCGCAAGGCCCGUUUCUGCUGUCUCUGAGUUUGUUGCCCAACUUCAGAUCCUUGAGCUGCUCGACAAUGCUAUUUUCACUGCUGGUUACAAGGCUGUUUUGCACAUCCAUUCUGUUGUGGAGGAAUGUGAGAUAGUUGAACUAAUGCAGCAAAUUGAUCCUAAGACGAGGAAACCCAUGAAAAAGAAGGUCCUGUUUGUGAAGAAUGGUGCCUUAGUUGUGUGCCGUGUACAGGUUAACAACACCAUUUGUGUUGAGAAAUUCUCGGAUUUCCCCCAACUUGGAAGAUUUACUCUAAGGACGGAAGGGAAAACGGUUGCUGUUGGGAAGGUGACUGCUCUCCCCGGAAGCGCUUAAUCUGAAUUUUUGUGAGAAAGAGGUGGCAUGUUCUCGAGUGCUGUAACGGGAUAGAAAGAGCUUCCGUAACGAUAUGAUCCGAGGAAGGUAAUGGAAAUUCCCCGUGCACCGAGAUUUGUUUUUCGUUCGUUACAACAGUUUGGGAUGUUUGAACUUUUCAUCGUUAGAGAAGGGGGCGGCUUCUGUACUCUAAGGUAGAAGAGAGUAUGAUUAAAAAGAAAGAAAGAAAGAAAGAAAGAUUGACAUUGAAGUUGCCAGUUCAUUAUCAGAUUUAAAUACCCUUUUGGUAUGGGUUUGAUUUUUCUGA